UAAAGGAGGGAGCGAGGCAGAGACACAGAGAGGGGAUUGAGAGGAGCAGGAGAGGAGGCUAUCUCUGGGCUGCUCUCCACUGCAGCGUCUGGCUUUCACUAAAAGGUCUGUGACCGUGUUUUUCCUGCGCUCGUUUGCCUAAUUUAUUCCUGCCGGGGACCAGCAGAAAGAAAGGCGGAAAGGAAAAAAGGACAGGGAGAGUAGUAAAGAGUGCAACAGUACACCGUGACUCGCUGACAGGGAAUGCAGAGAGGUCCUGGCCUCUGGUUGUUACUGCUGGAUGGACCAGCACUGACAAAACAAGAGAAGGGGGAGAAAGACAACACUUUGAGAGAAGAGAGGCAACUGCCACCAAGGAGCUUACUCAAACUCUGCUUUUGUUUUGGCUUGUUGUUUCUCCUGUGACAUUUGAGCCUCUGACACCACAGACUCUGAGGAGUUGGAGCAGCCACAAGAAAACAUAAUUUCACCACAGACAACAGAAGACGAGGACUUAUUUGAUGAACUCUGUCGCUGCGGAGCCCACAUUUUCAAAGAGUGAAAGGAGUGUAUUGUCUUUUUCAUCACUCAUCUAAUUUUAAUAUCAAGUGUGGGAUCAUUUUCUACAUAUAGUUAUUUUGAGGGCACAAAGGUGUUCCUGAGCCAAAGUACCAGCUGUGUACAGAAGCUGAAGUGGCACUGUGGUCAUCUUCUCUCAGAAAACCUACCAAAGAACAGGACAAAAUCCAACUGUGGAACUCUCCAGAUGUUUUUUUUUUCUUUUGGGACAUGUGUGAACAUUUCCAGAGCAAAAUAUUAUCUUAUUUUUCCUCUUCAUCACAAUCACCUCUACUUCUGUAACAGCCUCGACAAGUCAAAAGUGCGUCUGGACUAGAACUGCCUCAGAUCAGCAGAUAACACCUCUGCACGGCAGGAACUGGUUGGACUAGUUUGUAAGUUGGAGGAGAGGGCAGGGCAGUUUAACCCUGCCUGAAGGAGAGCUGUGUUUUUUUUCCUCCCACUUGCUUGUCCUUUUGGGAGAAAGUCGUGCGCUGAGAGAGGGGCUGAGCUUCUUUUUUCUUCGGAGAGCGACUCUUGUUUUGUCCCUCACCACUAUGCUUAGGGAUAGGUGAGGUUUUUUUUUUAACUUCUUCCAGGGGGGGAAACUGAGAGAGAAAGUGAGAGGGAGGAAGAAAGAAAGAGGGAGUCAAAGAGUAAUUUAUUGUUUCCUGUGAAAAGAACAAGGCUGCACCCUUUUCUCCUGCCUGAACUCUGAACCACUAAAUGUGUGUCUGAAGUUUUCUCAGACCUUGGGAGCUAUUGAUCGGAGGUCAGGCCAGAAAACAGAGGGGUGAAAGACAAGCACAGAGAGAGCAGAGGGAUUAAAGAAGAGAGAGAAAACAGCACUGGGAAGGACCUCCAGGUCAGUCCAAGCAGAUUGCAAAGGGGGGAAAGGUCAACACAGUGAAGACCGGGACAACUUUUCAUCACAUUUUUGGACAAAACCUGCCUUGAAUUACAAUCCUGGAGCCACUGUCCUUGAGUCUGGAAUCAGUUUUUAAACUUUUAGGGUAGCUGGAAGCUGGAGGACAGGGCGGGUCUGUGUAUGAUCCACUCACAGGACUGCGUGUCUCAGAGAAUAUGGCCAUGGUGAGCGGGGGAUGGGGCAACCCCAACGGGGACACUAAUGGACUGGGGGAGAAGGCUUACCUGAGGAGGGAGGAGGAGGAAGGAUCGCCUCAGGCCGGGAGCAGCGAUGUGGACGUCGGAGACGAGGACAAGGCCUGCGUGGUGGACUGUGUGGUGUGCGGGGACAAGUCCAGUGGGAAGCACUACGGCGUGUUCACCUGUGAGGGCUGCAAGAGCUUCUUCAAGAGAAGCAUCAGACGAAACCUCAGCUACUCCUGCAGAUCAAACCGAGAAUGCCAAAUCGACCAGCAUCACCGCAAUCAGUGCCAAUAUUGUCGGCUGAAGAAAUGUUUCCGAGUUGGGAUGCGCAAAGAAGCUGUCCAGAGGGGUCGGAUCCCUCCAUCUCACUCAGGUAUCAGUCCAAACUCCCUGCCAGGUGGAGUUGGAGGUGCAGGGCCAGGUCACAUUGGGGCAGAUUAUUUCAACGGGCAGCCGGUUUCAGAUCUCAUCUCCCAGCUACUCCGGGCUGAGCCGUACCCAAAUAGCCGUUACGGGGCCCCCUACAGCCAGGCACAGAUGCAGGGAUCUGCGAGCGGAGCCUCUGUCAUGGGCAUCGACAGCAUCUGUGAGCUGGCCGCCCGGCUCCUCUUCAGCACCAUCGAGUGGGCCAGAAACAUCCCAUACUUCCCAGAACUGCCAGUCUCAGAGCAGGUGGCGCUGCUGAGGCUGAGCUGGAGCGAGCUCUUCAUCCUGAAUGCUGCCCAGUCUGCUCUGCCUCUGCACAUGGCUCCUCUGCUGGCAGCAGCCGGGUUUCACUCAUCCCCCAUGUCUGCCGAACGUGUGGUGUCCUUCAUGGAUCAGGUCAGGGUUUUCCAGGACCAGGUGGACAAGCUGAACAGGCUGCAGGUGGACUCAGCUGAGUACAGCUGCCUCAAAGCCAUUGCACUGUUUUCACCUGAUGCAUGUGGUCUGACAGACCCAGCCCAUGUAGAGUCCCUGCAGGAGAAGGCCCAGGUCGCCCUGACAGAGUACGAAAGGUUGCAGUACCCCAACCAGCCUCAGCGGUUCGGCCGCUUACUGCUGCGUCUGCCUGCUCUGCGUGCCGUGCCGGCCAACCUCAUCUCCCAGCUCUUCUUCAUGCGGCUGGUGGGCAAGACGCCCAUCGAGACGCUGAUCCGAGACAUGCAGCUAUCGGGGAGCUCCAUCAGCUGGCCCUACGCACCGGGGCAGUAAACCCCUGUGAUUCCAGAGUAAGAUGGAUUGAGUUAAGAUGGGGAAAGUACAGAGAUCACAAAGAUUACACACAAGUACAAACUGAGUGUUAUGAAUACAAACUGGGAUCCUGUUUGUGAGUGUAGAGGUCAGUUCUUGCCACAGUAGCCCUGUGACGUUUGGUGGUAGUCACACCAAAGCUGUUUUCAGGGAAACAAAAAUGUACAUUUGUCUUUAUAUAUAUAUAUAUAUGUGUUUGCUGCACUUGACAGUUUUCUCUGACCUCCAUCUGAUCUCUCUUUGUCUCUGUCUGGACAAAAACACAGAGUUUUGAUUAAAAUGUAAACUCUAACAUGAGGCCAUGUGCCUGUACUACCUCCUCCCACAUCACCCCUCAUGUGACUCAGUCUGAAUCCAGGUGCAAGUGUUUUCCCUCUGCUUUGUUUUUGAGUCAAAAUGAAGCCAUAGCAGUGCCACUUUUACAGGCAGAGCUUUAUAUUGUCACAAUUGGUACAUGUUGUGCAGGUUGUGUAAUGUUUGAUAUGUGGGAUGAAGUAUAAGACUUACUUACCAAAUGUAUUUGUGAAGACUGCAAAGUAUCACCUUGUACAGCACUAAAACAAAGAAGAGGCAUGAGCUUUGUAUUAUAUAUUAUACUAUGUAAAGUACAACCAAGAAAUAUUUUAUAUCUUAUAUACUUAAAGGUAUGGUUCAACAUUUUGGGUGUUCCGCUCAUUUCCUUUCUUGCCAAGGGUUAGCCAUUUAGCCAUAAAGACUAAAAAUGAGGAAACAGCUAGCCUGGCUCUGUGAGACACUAACAAAAUCCUCCUUUCAGCAACACUAAAGAUUGCUAGUAUGUACCAAACUACUUUUCUCUAAACUAGUGGGGACUCAAGAGACUUACUGGUCCUGACCAAGAAAUAGCACAUAACCCAUAUUGUCAGAUAUAACCUUUAAAGACAACCUUUAGCAGGCAUGAGUGGAAUUGAUCUUCUCAACUAACUCUGGGCAAGAGAGCAAAUAACUGUAUUUCCCAAAAUGUUGAACUGUUCUUUUAACAUAGUAUAUUAUAGGAUAACAUUCUUGCUCAGACACACCCUGGCUCCUCAGACAGUCACAUCCCUGUCUAACAUUAUUACCUCAUGUUUUAUACAUCAAAGAUUGUAUAGUGAACUAUUCAAGUACUAAAGAUAAAUAUAAAGGGAUCAAGUUGUCAUUAUCAAAGAAACCAUGAACAAUAAUAUUCCUUGAAAGACCUGUGUCCACCAGACUUUAGUCAAAAUAUAUCUGAAAUGAUUUUAAAAUGUAAAGUUUGAUGUAAGAGGACACCUAAAGUUUGACAGAUCAUUUACGGAAAGCUACACUGAGUCAAAUAACUCUUGCUUUUCUGUGUAAUCUCUGCAAACUGGGCACUGUUUCUUUUGCUUUUGUAAGGGUAGAGGUAGUUUGAUUUUGAUUUUUGUUGCAUUUUUGAUCCCUUUUCAAAAGCACAUCCUAACGGACAGAGGUCACUUUCAGAUAAUUACUACACUUAUGCAAGGUACUCUGAAAAUUGAGGUGUAAAGGUUAUGGCGUUUGUUGGUACUGAGAUAAAGGGUACUAAGUGGUUUAUGAGUGUUAUUGCCAUGAACUGCAGCUCAAUGUGACAAAAGUUGGUCUUUCCAAAUUAAUUGACUGAAAGACAGCGUGAGGAUAAAUAUGUUUUUUUUUGGUAUAAAGUUUUGUAUUAUCUCUUAUUAUGACAUAAAAGAGGCAACGAUGACCAUGAUCCCUGAUGCUGUCAAACAACUUCACCAACAGCUAAUUGUGCUGAAUCCCUGAAUCACUUUGUGUUGUUUGCUUGAAUAUGAACUCUAGUGAUUUGACUGUGUAGCUUUACAUUUAAAAGAAUCAUGUUUCUAUGACCAUGCCAAAACUAAAAAAAAAAAAAGCAAAACAAUUUCUUAUGGCUCACUGGUUAUUU